AUGUCCCACCAGCCCUCCCUCUCCGACCUCGUCCUCCCCCAGCCCACCCUCUCCUCCGUCCUCUCCUCCGUAAAGAAAUCCAGUCUGUCCGCCCACAACCGCCUCCGCUCCAUCCGCCACGAUGCCGCCUUCGUUUCCGCCGCUGCCUCCUCUCCUCUGGGCCGCGGCCGGCCCUCCGCCUACUUCAAGAGCACCGACGGCCACACUGGCCAGUGGAAGUUUAGCUCCCGGAGGCUCAACUUGCACCUCUUUGGCCUCAUCGAGGAGAAUAACGGCAUCAUCAUCGUUGACUCUACUAGGAGAGGGAAACCUCUAUCUACACACGCCCAAAUCACCGCUCUCCUCCCUUCCUACCUCGCCGCCCUCCGCGCCCUCGACCUGGACCUCGCUCCUCUCCGUGCCGCCCUCACCAAGCCCCUGCGGCCCUUUUGGGUCACCCCCGACACCACGCUCCCGCUCUCGGUGGACGAGGAAGAGGAGGGCGGCGGUGAUGGUGCGACCGGAACGGGGGCGGGCAAGCCUGCCGUCGUCUUCGACGAUGCCCACCCCAUCAUCUGCCUGACCGCCUCCAACAAAUCCUCCACGAGCGAAAUGUCCACCGCAUUCGAGGGCUACGUCCAAGGCGCCGCCGACGACACCGAGCACUGGGCCAUGGGCCUCACCGCGCCCUCUUCUGCGGACGAAUGUCGAAUCUCCUUCGUCUCCGGCCCUGCGUCCCCGCCCGAAUCCUGGCAGAUCACCCCGGAGCUAAUAGAAGUCCGAAUCGGCAACCCCCGCCAGGCUAGCAAGAAUCUGCGGUCUGCGCUACCCGAGAUAUGUGCCUUUGUUGCCCGAUUUUCAGAGUCUCACCCUGCAGCGUGCAUUCUCGUCUCUUGUCCUACGGGAAAGGACCUCGCCGUCGCGACCGCUCUCGCUUUGCGGUGUUAUUUCUUCGACACCGACGAUAUGGAUGCGCCCUUUCGCGUCCCAAAGGAAGUCGUAAUUAAUAAGGCAGCUAUUCGAGCACGGCUGGGCCGUAUCAUGCUCGCCUUUCCUGAAGGCAACCCUCAAAGGGCGACCCUGCAGAGCGUUAAUAGUUUUCUGAUGGGUUAA